CUCGCGUCGAACAGACGCCCACUUGAGCCAACCUUCCCAAGUUCAAGCCGACUGCCACCCCCGGUUUUUGGAUAGUUGAGUUUCACAUGCCGGAAUCGGCUUGUUCUCUACGGUCCCCGUGAUUUCUAUCCAACAUGGAGGACGCAGAGAUCAGCAACGACACGGUGCAUCCGCAGGUCCGGGCACACAUCAACAGCUUGGUGUCGGCGCUCGGUGGCUACAGCAUCGACGAUGACGACGGCUACAAACUCGGCGACGACGCCCUCGAGGUGUUGCGCGAUCUCAAGAAAUGGAUCCGCUUCUACGACGAGAAGACAAACCGCAUGGACGUCGCCCGGUGCCUCGCGGAAGCGAACAUUGUCGGCAGUGACCUGCUCCAGAUCCUGGCAACGUGGCCGCCAAACGACAAUAGCAGCAAGUACAAGGCGAGGAUUGCGCUGGCCUGCUUCGAGGUCAUGGUGCCGCUCACCUGGCCGCUCGAGAAAGACCGCGAAACCAUGACGGUCAACCACCACCGCCACAUGCCCGUGCUCCAGCUUGCCCAGCUCGGCUACAAGCGCGCCAUCAUCAACUUCGACGCCGCUCCUAUCCUCGCCACAGCUGUCCGCGUGGCGCUGCCGUCUAUGGCCGUGCCCAUCGGCGACCGGUCGGCCCGCGACCAGGGCAUCAUCAAGCUGAUCCUGUACUUCCUGAGGAACAUCGCCAUGAUCGCGCCUCCGCCCGGUGUCAAGUUCGACGGCGACGAGACCCAGGUCUCCCGUUCCGCGUUGAUCGAUGCCUUCUCCUUCCAAGACAUCUUUCUGGCCCUCCUGACGCUCGCUUCCAACAUGGGCGAGGACUUCCGGACAGAGGACGUGAUCGUGAUGGAGAUCAUCUUCCACAUCGUGAAACGCGUCGACUCGAGCAAGCUCUUUGUGAGCGAGAAGCAGCUGCACAGAAUCAAGGCCGACGAGCUCACCACCGCCAUGAAGAAGGAGGCGGCCAUGUUGAGAUCGUACAGCAAGAACGCGCCGACACGCCACAGCCGCUUCGGCACCAUGAUCUGGGUCAAGCGUGAGAGUGGCAGGCUGUCGACCGUCUCCGGCCAGGAUGCACUGCUGGACGCGGCGACGCGCGAGAGGAAGAUGGACAGCACCAAGAGUUUCAAGCCACCGAGGCGGGCCAGGAGAGAGGAUAUGGAGCCGAAAGAUCUGGGGCCGCCGGUGACCCUCGACGAGAGGGCGCGCCAGCAGCUACAGUCGUUCGUCUCCGAGUUUCUCGACUCCGGCUUCAACCCGCUGUUCGGACACGUAAGGAAGUCGCUCGAGCGGGAGGCGCCGCACGUGCUCCAGUACCACCAGAGCCAGUUCUUCUAUCUGGUGGCCUGGUUCCUCGAGGCAGAGCGGAUGCGCCGGAAGGCGAAGGAUGAAUCGAAGGAGUCGAAGCAGCCGACCGGGGACGACGUGUCCAGUUUCAACCUCGUAGCAGCCGUGCUUACGCAGGAGAUGUUUAUCAGCAUGAACCGGGCGCUGGACCGGGCCUAUGGCGACAAGGACUGGCGGUUGCUGACGGCUGUCAUGCGCUGUUUCACCCAGAUCCUUCUUAUCGUGCAGGAAAUGUCCGACUCGGGCAACGAGGAAGACGAGGAGAUUGCCGACAACAUCCUCAGCCGGCUGUUCUACGAGGAGACAACGCAUGAUGCGAUAGCAAACAUUGUCCGGACGUACAAGGACCAGGGGUUCGAAUAUCUUGAUGCUUGUACUGAGCUUGCGCAUACUUUCCUUCGCAUCCUCGAAGCAUAUUCGAAGCAGAACGUCGACCUGCAAGUCCGUUCGCGUAAGAGGAUACGGCGGAAGAAGAAAGCAGCCAGGGCCGCGGCUCGAGAUCAGGAAGGAGAUGGCGAAGAAGAAGGAGACGCUGAAGACGACUCGGCAGAUGACGAGAGGCAGGCCGAGAAGACCAGUCAAGAGAGGAAGUUCGACUUCAAGCGGUUUACACACAGAUUUACCCCACAGGGUGUUGUUGACACCUUCGUCGCCUUCACAAAAUACUACCGCGAUCUUGACGACUCCCAGCUGAAACGAGCCCACCGGUAUUUCUACCGCGUGGCCUUCAAGCAAGAAAUGAGCGUCAUGCUCUUCCGGCUGGACAUCAUCCACCUCUUCUAUAACAUGAUCAAAGGUCCUGAAGCUCUUGACAAGAACUCGUCCAUGUACAAGGAGUGGGAGGAGCUCGCUAAACAAAUCAUCAAGCGGUGUGUGCGAAAGCUCGAAGAGCGGCCGGCCCUAUUCACGGAGCUGCUGUUCUCCAAGAUCAACAGCACGGCCCACUACCUGGAGUACGGCUACGAGAAGCAGACCAUCUCCACCAACCCGCGACCCGGGGCCGAGCUCGAGUUCAAACGGGAAGUGGAAAGAGACCGGCAGAUCGCCAUCGUCGUUGGCGUGCUGCUCGACAGGAACCAGACGGACCACCUGGACUGGAUGAAGAAGCAGCUGUCGGAAGCGGAGCUGGAGCGCAGGGCUUGGGAAGAUGCGGAAAAGGCUCAGGCGGCCGAGAGGCCAGACGGUGAAGCAGCGGGCGAGCCGGAGGAGGACGGCACGUCGACGACCGCUUCGCAUUACACUGUCCGUCCCGACAACGACGCCCGCCGCACGGCCAUGUUCAAGAACCCGCAUCUCCGCCUGCUCAUGAAACUCGCUGGCAUGGAGCGCCUGGCCCCAACGCUCGACGAGUCCCCCGACUCGAUCUGGAUCAUCCCGCCCACCGUCACGGCCGACACCCUGAAAGAAACCAUCUCGUUCAUCAACCAGGCCGAGUUUACGCCUCCGACCUUUGAGGACGGCGAAUUAGCCGAGGACCAGCUCCGCCGCAAAUCCGCCGCUCGCAAGAAGCGCGCGGCCUAUGAUGACGAUGACAUAAACGACCUCAUCAACGACGGCUCCGAUGAGGAGAACGGCAUCCUCUUCCCCGCGGGCGGUCCCACGGCACGCAAGCGCACAGCAGAGGACGAGCCAUCCAAGAAGCCGACCCGCCGGCGGCGGCGCGAUGGAAGCGAGGAGCCUGCCCCGCUCACGGACGAGCAGCUCGAGGAAAAGGCGCGCGCAAGGCGGAAGAAGGAACUCGAGAAGGCGCGCCGCAUCAAGAGCGAGAUGUACGUGGAUCCGAGAGAUGACGAGUCGGAUGCCGAGUGGGACAAGGAGUUCUUCGCCAACGAGCUGGCCAGGCAGGCGGCGAAGGACGCGACCUUUGGACUGAGCUCGAAGCCGUCUGGCGUGGAGAGGUCAGCUUGGGACGAGCUGCUUGGAGUGGGCGCCAUGAGCAGUGAUGAUCAGGAUGAUGACGGCGUGGCUGCCGUAUCGACGAAGCGGAAAGAGAAACAAGCGAAGAAGGACACUACCCGGAAGAGAAAGUCGGAUGUCGCUCUUGCCGAGAGCGAUGAAGACGAAGACGAAGACGGGUCAUCUUCCUCGUCGGAUGCACCGGCAACGCGGCCAAGCAAGAGAAGAAGACCGGCACAGAAGAGGAAAGUCGUCGAGGUCAGCAGCGACGACGACAACGACGACGAGAAUCAGGAUGAAGACGAGAAUAUGGAUACUUUGGAGUCCACCCAGUCAAGCCGGGACGAGGUCGUCACAAACGACACACCUCUCUCGUCCAGCCCUAGCCGUGCAGCGAAGGGUAUCUCUGAGAUGACGGUGAACGAAGGGGAUGCGAGUAACGAAGACGAGGAUAUGCAUGUUGUCAAACCUGUCAGCAGAGCGCGGCCGAGGGCCAGGGCAGGGUUUAUUGUGGACAGCAGCGACGAGGAGUAAGGGAGUAAGGGAAGGAAUUACUCUGGGUUGUAGGUAGAUUUGCAUGGGAGCAGCCGGUUCAAAGUACUGGGGCGUCCGGUUCACAUUGU